AUGAAUGCAAUUGAUAAACAUUCCCCGACUCAUAUACUACGAUCUCAUAAGAGCAGAGUAACCUCAUUAGUUUUGCAUUCAGACCACGAAUAUGGAUCUGAGCCUAUUUUAUUAUCUGGUGAUGAAAACGGUGUUAUAAUAAUAUGGAAUGCAAUUACACGCCGACCACUCAAUAAGAUUCAAUUACCCGCUGAUGUUCAAGUAAUAGACCUACACUAUCUGGAUGAUAAGAUUAUGGUCUUGUCGAAGGAUCAUUCAUUAAGAAUAUACACAAAUUUUGUAGAAACCUUCGAAAUGAAAGUUAAUACUUUAAAUUUUGCUAACAUUAGUAUAUUUCCAAAUUCGCAGGAAAACGAAUAUACAAUGGUAUGUUGUAAUACUAGUAACUCAGAAAAUAUCGACAUAUAUAACUUUUUCGAUGGUAAAAUGAAUUCGCUAUCUAGAUUAUUCAAUUCUGUUUCCUUCAUGGACUUCAUCGGGAUGCAUUCAUUAUUGGGUAGAGAUUUUGGUAAAAUGGGUAUUUUGAUGAAGAUAAUCAGAGACGAUACAAGAGGCAUUAUAUUUUGCGGAUAUGAGAGUGGAACUAUAAUUGGGUUUAAGAUUGCUAAUACAAAAUUUGCAACUUUUGAAAAGAACUCAUAUAUUAAAGUGAUCCUACUUUCAAAAUUUCAUUACCCAAAUCCGAUACUAGAUAUAACGUUGGAUGUUGAAAAGGGGAUCCUAUUAUCUUCCUCAACCGAGAAACAAUUAGAAGAGAUAGAUUACAAGCACUGUAAUUUAUUCCAGGAUACGCAAAAUAUUGAUGAUUACUUUAUCGAUAUAAACCAGAAUAUUAUAAUGAAUAAAGAGUUAUGGAGUGAAUCUUAUGUGACAAAUGCUAUCAAAACGAAUCAUGGAAAGAUAUCCCACCUAUGUUUAUUGAAAGACCAAAUCGUAUAUUCGACAUGGUCAGGAAAGACAGUGGUAAUAGAUAGAGCAACGAACGUUGAGAAAGACCUCUUUUGGACAUCUAGGAGUCGAGUAGCAGUUAGUGAAUCAUCUCAGGGAAAUAUUGAUCCAAAUCGUAGUAAACUUAUUAAUAAAGAUCCCAAAUUUGAAAAAAUAGGAGCAAUGGCCGUGUUUGAUCCACUUGUAACUGAUCUAAGUGCGUUAUCUCAAAAGAAAAAUCUUAUCUCCCCUAAGCUUAGAAGGCUAGAGCAAUAUGUACAUCAGUCAUGGUGCUACGUUGGUUACAAUAAUGGUAACAUUGCUGCAUAUAGAAUAUGA